AUGUGCGAUUACGCCUCAUCGACGCAGCGCGAGCACUGGCUCCAUGAAUCCGUCGCCCAGGUCGACGCGAGACGCGCGCGCGCGCGCGUGGAGACGUUCGAGCGCGCGAAAGCAUCGAGCGAGUCGUCAACCUCAGCCAUGGAAACCGAAGCGCUGACGCCCGAAGAGGAGCGAACGAUCGUGAGGUACCACGAGGCGAAGAUACAAUCCGUCUGCGGCGCGUUUGCGCUGCCGAGAAAGGUGAAGAACACGGCGGUGAUGCUGUUCAAGCGCUUCGCGGUGGAUUGCGGGACGCACGCGCAAUCGCUGAAGAUCAUGAUGCUGACGAGCGUGUACGUAGCGUGUAAGGUGGAGGAGAGCUACAUCUCGGCGGAGGAGUUCUGUAAGGGCGUGAGAGAGGACCCGUCGCGAGUGUUAGCGGCGGAGGUGACGUUUCUAUCUGGAUUGAAGUUUCGGUUGGUGUGCUACGGAGCGACGCGGCCGCUGGACGGGUUCCUGAUGGACGUCGAGGACGGUGGGUGCAAGGGAGCGACGUCGAAACAGCUCAUCGAGUGCAGAAAGAAAGCGUUAGAUAUCGUCGAUCGGUUGAUGCUGACGGACGCGCCGCUGAUUCGACCGCCGGGGCAGAUCGCGCUGUGCGCGCUUCGUCGGGCCGCGCGCGAAUGCGGGGCGAGUGAACUCGAAAAGUAUUGCGAAGACGUCGGCGCGCGAGGGACGACCAAGGCGCCGCGCGGAGCGAAACUCAAGGAAAUCUUAGACGAUAUCGAAUCGCACGUCGACGAGGGCGUUGAACCCGACGCGGCUGUCGUGAAGGAGAUUGACAAAAAGCUCAAACUCUGGCGUGCCAAAUAUCUGGCUAAGACGCCGGCAGCGGACGACGCUGGCGAUGCGCAGAAAGCUGCGAAACGUCGAAAGAGCGAACAAUCUAGACAAGACAUGAUCGCCGCCGAGGAGGACGCGCUCGGAUAA